AUGCUCUCCCCUGUGGCAGCAGCAGUUGCAGUCGUGGUGGCAUUGGUCUCCCUAGUCCUUUUUACACCCUCCUUACCCGGCUAUAUCGUGCGGUCAGCCCUUCAGUGGCUAGGAUAUCUAAACCAGAAGAAGUCCGAGGCGAGAAGGGCACUGAUACGAGCUCGUGUGCGUGUCGAGGAGGAAGAUUACAGGUCGCGGAGAGCCAGACAAACCACUGGCUUGAAGGUGGAAGAGGAAGAUUGGGAGACCGUUGACAAAGAUGGAGGAGAUAAUGGACAAAGCUCAUCAGCAUCUAGCAGUAAUGGAAGAAACUGCAGUGACUGGGCUGGUAUUGUAGGGUUCUUUCAUCCGUUCUGCAAUGCCGGAGGAGGCGGUGAAAGAGUUCUCUGGGCAGCUAUAGCUGCUGUUCAAAAGAGGUGGCCGAAGGCCAUUUGCGCCGUAUACACGGGCGACCACGACGUGGACAAAGCUACAAUGUUGAAAAACAUAGAGGUGGGGUACCUAUACUCUCUGAGACGGUUCAAUAUUCAGCUACAUCCGCCCACAGUUGUGUUCUUAUACCUAUCUAUGCGAAGAUACGUGUUAAGUAGCACAUGGCCUCAUUUUACUCUCCUUGGGCAAUCGAUAGGCUCCCUGAUUCUUGCACACGAUGCAUUCACCCUCCUCGUUCCUGAUAUAUUUAUUGAUACAAUGGGUUAUGCUUUUGCUUCAGCAUUAUCUCAUUAUCUUUUCCCCAAAGUCCCUACGGGCGCGUAUGUGCAUUACCCUACCAUUUCAACUGACAUGUUAGAGUCCCUAGACGACGCAUCAGGUUCCAAAGGCCUAAAUUCAGGGGCCGGGAAAGGUUGGAAAGGAGCUAUAAAAAAACAUUACUGGCGCAUGUUUGCCCGAUUAUACGGCUGGGUAGGAUCUACGAUCGACGUUGUUAUGUGCAAUUCAACCUGGACAUCUGAGCACAUCCAACGUCUCUGGCUACCUUCAAGGCGAGGGCGAGGGAAUCAAUACCAAACUGCAAGUGUAGUUUUUCCCCCUGUUGCGGUAUCUGAACUAGAGUCAAUAAAAAUUGACCUGAGGAGUGAGCAACAAGUCCGACAGCCCGCUAUUCUUUACAUAGCUCAGUUUCGCCCUGAGAAAAACCAUUCACUUAUUCUGCACGCGUUUGCACGGUUUUUAAAGCAAUACAACGCUACAGCUGAGAGCAGAAGUGCCACAGACCCCAAAGCUAGCGCUGAUGGCGACGGUCGCUCCGGUUCGCCUCAGCUCAUUCUUAUCGGCUCAGUCCGCCACCAGACCUCGGAUGAAACGCAUAUUUACAAUCUUCGCCUUUUGGCCCACGAAUUACGGAUUCGUGAUAACACCACUUUCCUCUGUGACGCCAACUGGCCAACCGUCAUAGAAAAUCUUAGAAAGGUGUCUAUUGGCGUCAAUGCUAUGUGGAACGAGCAUUUUGGUAUCGGGGUGGUAGAAUACCAGGCUGCCGGCCUAAUUAGCGUUGUUCACAACUCAGGUGGGCCAAAGCGUGAUAUUGUCGUAGAUUUGGACGACGAAGGAGCCACCGGUUUCCAUGCCACGACCGAAGUUGAGUUCGCUGCUGCGUUUGAAGCUGCAUUAGCUCUACCAGAAUCAGAGAAGCUUGCUAUGAGGUUAAGAGCGAGAAAGUCCGCGCAAAGAUUCUCUGGAGAGCAGUUUGAGAAGAAAUGGCUAUGUGAGAUGGAGAAGUUGGUUGACCUACAGGUAAAACGCAAUGAGCGCACUGGUAACAUAUAG